AUGGGUGUCCUAAGAAAGACCCUUAAUUGGUACGCCAAACUUUCUCCUAGUCACGGAAGAAUAAAACCUCCAUACGAGCAUGUCGUACAGAUAGGCGAUCCUACGUUACGUAAAAAAUCAGAGGAAGUUAAGCUUGAUAAAAUAACAACAAGUGAAACACAAAAGACUAUCCUAGUUCUAAAGCAAGUGCUUCAUAAAUAUGGCAGUGUCGGGAUGUCCGCCCCUCAGAUAGGUGAAAAUAUAAGAAUAUUUGUGAUGAGAAUUACUGCUAAGCAGUGCAAAGAACAUUCACCAGAAAUUAUUAAAAGUAGAAAUAUGUAUGAAAUACCUUUGACAGUAUACAUUAAUCCCAAAUUAAAAAUUGUGGAUUAUCAGAAAAUUAUUUGUGCCGAGGGAUGUGAGAGUGUGAGGUCAUUCCAAGCGGAUGUAGCGAGGUACAAGGCAGUGGAAGUAUCAGGAUUGAAUUCGCAAGGAGAGCCAAUAUCCCAGAUAUAUAAAGGUUGGGCGGCUCGAAUAGCACAACAUGAAAUGGAUCAUUUAGAUGGAAAGCUAUACACAGAUAUCAUGGAUAGAAAAAGUUUGCAAUGUGUUCAUUGGGAUGAAGUCAACAUCUGUAAAGGGAAAAUGUCUAUUCCGUUCAAUCCAGAGUAG